AUGGCUGACUGGAAACCCUUAUCCCGUCACUACUGCACCUGCCCAGCAGCCCCUAAAACCUCAGGACCUGAAAUGGCCUCCCCAUCUGUGACCACUCAGCCUCUUCCUUUUGGUCUGGAAAGGGAGAAACAUAUUGACAUGCUCUUCAGAGCUUUCCACAGGCAGAUUAGACCUACUGCAGACACGCAGGACCUCACUCCUGUGCUCCGGGAUACAGGCAGGACAAGAGGAGAGGAUGGAGGACAUGGAUGGAAAGAGACAGACAAUGACAGUAAAAGACUGGGAAAACUGUCUGUUCUGAGAACUAUCACAAGACUUCAUAUUACUGCCAGACCAGAACUGCAAGGUCCACAGUGUGUAGCCCGAAGAACAUACAGCAUCUCCACUGAAACCAGGGACCAGCUCUUUGUGGCUGUGGAAGAGAGCUCAUGCAUGUGUAUGCAAUGCUGCGGUCCAGCUCGAUCCUGUUCACUACAAGGCUUUGAUAAAGAUGCAGAGUGUGUUUUCCUGUUUGAGAGGCCCCUGAGAGCGGAGAUGUGCUGGCUCGGCUGCUGCCUGAUGGAAAUAAGGGCCUACACACCAGAGAGAGAGCUUAUUGGGACAGUUCACCAAAGGUGGAGCAUGUUCACGCCGUAUUUUGAGGUCUGUGACUCCGAGGGCAUCUCGGCCGUGAGGAUCCAGGGCUCCUGUUGCAAUACACGCUGCCUCUCUGAGCAGGAGCUGCAGGUGGUUUCCAGUAUUGGUGAGAGUAUUGGGCGCAUAUGGAAAAGGUGGCCUGGAUAUAAUGAGGAAUGUAACAUGGAUCAUGAGUAUUUUGGAUUGGAUGUACCUCAAGGAAUGAAUUUAAACACCAAGGUGCUGUUACUAGCUGCUGCCUUCCUGCUGAAUCAUAUGUUUUUUGAGAUGAGCUAA